AUGGCGAUCGAUUUUGAAUUUUUAGUUUUUUCAAUAGAUGUUUAUAAUGGUCGCAGAUGUAAGCACCCGGGCUGCCCCUGGGCGUUCCGCACGGCGUCGAAGCUGCUGCGUCACGCGCGGAGACACACGGGGGAGAGGAGGCACGCCUGCGCCUGCGGCCGAGCCUUCCGCAGGAGGGAACACCUGCGCGAGCAUCAGGCCCGGCACCGCCGCGGCACGGAGGAGGCACGCCUGCGCCUGCGGCCGAGCCUUCCGCAGGAGGGAACACCUGCGCGAGCAUCAGGCCCGGCACCGCCGCGGCACGGGUAUGUGGCACGCCUAAUAGUGUCGGAGACACACGGGGGAGAGGAGGCACGCCUGCGCCUGCGGCCGAGCCUUCCGCAGGAGGGAACACCUGCGCGAGCAUCAGGCCCGGCACCGCCGCGGCACGGGUAUGUGGCACGCCUAAUAGUGUCGGAGACACACGGGGGAGAGGAGGCACGCCUGCGCCUGCGGCCGAGCCUUCCGCAGGAGGGAACACCUGCGCGAGCAUCAGGCCCGGCACCGCCGCGGCACGGGUAUGUGGCACGCCUAAUAGUGUCGGAGACACACGGGGGAGAGGAGGCACGCCUGCGCCUGCGGCCGAGCCUUCCGCAGGAGGGAACACCUGCGCGAGCAUCAGGCCCGGCACCGCCGCGGCACGGGUAUGUGGCACGCCUAAUAGUGUCGGAGACACACGGGGGAGAGGAGGCACGCCUGCGCCUGCGGCCGAGCCUUCCGCAGGAGGGAACACCUGCGCGAGCAUCAGGCCCGGCACCGCCGCGGCACGGGUAUGUGGCACGCCUAAUAGUGUCGGAGACACACGGGGGAGAGGAGGCACGCCUGCGCCUGCGGCCGAGCCUUCCGCAGGAGGGAACACCUGCGCGAGCAUCAGGCCCGGCACCGCCGCGGCACGGGUAUGUGGCACGCCUAAUAGUGUCGGAGACACACGGGGGAGAGGAGGCACGCCUGCGCCUGCGGCCGAGCCUUCCGCAGGAGGGAACACCUGCGCGAGCAUCAGGCCCGGCACCGCCGCGGCACGGGUAUGUGGCACGCCUAAUAGUGUCGGAGACACACGGGGGAGAGGAGGCACGCCUGCGCCUGCGGCCGAGCCUUCCGCAGGAGGGAACACCUGCGCGAGCAUCAGGCCCGGCACCGCCGCGGCACGGGUAUGUGGCACGCCUAAUAGUGUCGGAGACACACGGGGGAGAGGAGGCACGCCUGCGCCUGCGGCCGAGCCUUCCGCAGGAGGGAACACCUGCGCGAGCAUCAGGCCCGGCACCGCCGCGGCACGGGUAUGUGGCACGCCUAAUAGUGUCGGAGACACACGGGGGAGAGGAGGCACGCCUGCGCCUGCGGCCGAGCCUUCCGCAGGAGGGAACACCUGCGCGAGCAUCAGGCCCGGCACCGCCGCGGCACGGGUAUGUGGCACGCCUAAUAGUGUCGGAGACACACGGGGGAGAGGAGGCACGCCUGCGCCUGCGGCCGAGCCUUCCGCAGGAGGGAACACCUGCGCGAGCAUCAGGCCCGGCACCGCCGCGGCACGGGUAUGUGGCACGCCUAAUAGUGUCGGAGACACACGGGGGAGAGGAGGCACGCCUGCGCCUGCGGCCGAGCCUUCCGCAGGAGGGAACACCUGCGCGAGCAUCAGGCCCGGCACCGCCGCGGCACGGGUAUGUGGCACGCCUAAUAGUGUCGGAGACACACGGGGGAGAGGAGGCACGCCUGCGCCUGCGGCCGAGCCUUCCGCAGGAGGGAACACCUGCGCGAGCAUCAGGCCCGGCACCGCCGCGGCACGGGUAUGUGGCACGCCUAAUAGUGUCGGAGACACACGGGGGAGAGGAGGCACGCCUGCGCCUGCGGCCGAGCCUUCCGCAGGAGGGAACACCUGCGCGAGCAUCAGGCCCGGCACCGCCGCGGCACGGGUAUGUGGCACGCCUAAUAGUGUCGGAGACACACGGGGGAGAGGAGGCACGCCUGCGCCUGCGGCCGAGCCUUCCGCAGGAGGGAACACCUGCGCGAGCAUCAGGCCCGGCACCGCCGCGGCACGGGUAUGUGGCACGCCUAAUAGUGUCGGAGACACACGGGGGAGAGGAGGCACGCCUGCGCCUGCGGCCGAGCCUUCCGCAGAAGGGAACACCUGCGCGAGCAUCAGGCCCAGUCCACGGCUCGGACGGCAGCGGUAGGCGGGUCCGGUCCCGCAUGCCGGCGCUGCCGGGGGAGGGGGCGGGGGCGGGGGCGGAGUGUGCGGACGAGCCGGGGGCGGGGGAGGGGGCGCCGGGCUCGCCCGCUCUGGACGACGAGUUCACGGUGCGACUAGUGCCCCUGGGAGGGGGACGGGAGACGGUGGAGGUGGGGGUGGGGGAGGGAGCGGGACGGGAGACGGCGGGAGGGGAGGGGCGCGCGGCGCGCACGCACUGCACGUGGCCGCUGGCGCCGCAAGCCGCGCUCACCAUAACGGAGGAGCCGGCGUGCUGCGUGCGCAGCGACCUGUUCCUGGUCGCGCACGACGAGGACUCGCAACAAAUGAUCCCGGGAGCGGUCCCGGUCCCGGUCACGGUCCCGGGCAGCGCCGCGCCCGCGCCCGCGCCCGCGCCCGCGCCGGGGUCGGAGCCGGAGCCGGAGGCCGCGUCGCCGUCGCCGGCGCCGUCGCUCGGCCUGCUCGACUACAUGCAGGAGGAGCUGAUGUACACGGACGCGGUGGACGAGUCCUCCUUCCAGGUGCUGCUGCUCAGCGAGGAGCUCGGCUAGCUCACUCCAGGCCAGUGCCGUCUCGCUCACACUCGCCGGCUCUAGUGCGUGCCUUCUCACUUUAUUAUGUGGACGUGCCCUUCAGGUACUGCAGCCUACACCAGUCACCAGUCACCGUGUCGGUACGGGGGCGUCUCGCUCACACCUGUCUCUAGUGCGUGUUCUCACUUUAUUUUUGUAGCCCUACUCACACUUUGAUUCAGUCAUGAUCCUUAUCAUACAUAUACCUACAAUAAGUUAAUCCAACAGCUAUAGUUGGUCAAACUAAAUUGUCAGUAAAUAAGAACAAAAAAAACUAUACUCAUCCUUUUCUUUUGGGUGCUAGUACUAGUGUAAGACAAAGAUAGUAUGAUUCUCUCUGUCUAUGUUUGAAAUGAGACAGUCCUUUGACAAACUAUAUUUACUACAUUUGUAUAUGGCGGUCGCCAUGUGGAUUCCUGGAGCUUGAUUAUAUUAUACUACGUGUUUGGCGAAGACGCACGAUGCAACGCAGCAAAGUUUCAAAUAGAUGUAAGUAAAGACUUGACGCAGAUGUAUAAAACAAUCAAUUUUGUAAUUUAUCCGUUGUUUUAAAAAAAAAUACGGAAUAUUUGUAAAUAAAUAUUGAAACCUGUAAUCGGUACGAGUGGCCUAAAAAUCCUACAAUUACGUAGAUAUGUAGAUAUUAGAUUAUCAAAAAGCUAGGUUGUCGAGGCCAAGUCUCGCACUUCUGAUAAAACUGUUGACUAAAAUUAGCUAAAUUAAUAAAAGCGCGGUGAAAUUGCGCGGAUACGAUGAUCUUUCGGGUGCAAUAUUUAAAUUAAUCUUUACAAUAACCUGUCAAGUGUAUGCGUGUAAAUAAUAUUUAUGUUCUAGCAUUUAUUAAUUAUUCUGUGGUCUGUUUGUUGAAUAUUAAAUACCAGUUAAGAAUUUUGUAGUACGAUAUAGGGUAUAGGGACAAGAAAUGUUGUAUAUAUUGUUCUAAGUACUCACAUACAGCGCCGGAUUGAAAUCAAAUUAAUGAUAAUGUUAAUAUUUAGGAAAUAAACAAAUAUUUUUAGUUAAAUUUUAUGUUUUGUGUGACAGGCUAUUAGGCAAGGUGUUUUAUUACAAGUCAGUUUUCGAUUCGGCGCGUUAAUAUAGAGUUUUUUUUUAAAUAAUUUUAACGAGCUGGAAUGGAAGACGGUUAAUCUAGAAAACACAAAAAAAAAUACAAUAGUUCAAGUGUAAACCGGCCACACGGACAAAAGGUCAAGUCAAGUCAUCAAGUGUCAAUCGCAUUAAUGUUGAUUUCCACUUGUAAAAUUGUUAGUUUAUUUUUAUAAAAUUAGGUCCUGGGUCGCAUUUUAAAGGUGGUUUGUGUGUAUCGAUCAUAGAUAAUAACUUUUUUUUUAAACCUGAGUGUUGCCACCCUUACAUGAGUUACAUGCUAAGUAUUCAGUCACACAUCUUAGUUCUUCUUUUACAAAAAGUAGUUUUCACAUCACUAGUUGUCUAUUAUUAUUGACAAUGGUUACAUCUCUAGUUGACAUUUCUUAAAAGUGACAUUAACACAUAACGUUUGAGCCAUGUUUGAGCAUUUUUUUGCUUCUUUAGUUCGUCCAUGAUGGAUUUUAUAAUUCGACCCAGCCACAGAGUGUGUCUGUCUGUAGCUACAUAAUUAGAUAUGGCAUCACUCUAUCACAGACUUCUCAUUAUUUUCAUAGGGAGUUGUGUGUGUGGUGUUGCCACGGUAGCACGGUACCUCGUACCUCAGUGCAGAGUUAACUUAGACGAUUACACGAUUUUAUUUUAUAACUAGGAGCAUAAGGAUGUGUUCAAAAUGGAAUUCUUAUUUAAAAUGUGAUAUGUUAGUCGAGAAAAAGUGUGUGUCACUCUCAACAGGGUAAAGUCGAAAUAAAUCAUCUAUCUCUUUCAGUAAAACGGUGGCAAAAGGAGGCGAUUAUAUUGUAUUUGUAUAGAAAGGUCUAUAAAUGGAAUGGAAUGAUCUCGAGAAAUGCCUUUUAACCAAGCCAAGUAGUCGAUGGGCCUUAUGAGUCACAAGCACGAACCUAGCCGCCGCGCCGCGCCGCGCCGCCAUACAAUCCAAGUUUUACUUAAAUACGUACAUAACUUCUCGCUCUCGCGCUUUGCAUAAUGCCGAGUCCACAUAUUGGGCCAACGUAGGCCAAUCUAAGGGACGCAUUUAUGCGUUAGAGGGAGCAAGUGACAUUGCUAUCUCAUUCCACCGCAUAGCUGCGUUCCUUAGAUUGGCCUACGUUGCGUAUUAAACAAGAUGCCAAUCGUUCACGCUCCGUAGCGUAGUUAUCUCUCUUUAUCACUCUUCCAUAUUAGUGCGACAGAGACAGUUGCGUUUCGUUCGCUACGGCGCGUUCACGAUUGGCAUCUUGUCUACGCACCCAGACAUAGAUACAUGUUACGUUUCAUGUAAUUUUAAGAAUGUAGUUUUAAAAUGAGAGCGUAACUUCGAUUGUAUGGGAGCGUCUCUAUGACAGCGGGUUCGUGGGACAUGCUUUUACAAUAAGGUAGAAGUACGCAGUGCCAGUGGCGUAGCGCGAACCAAUCUAGCCGUGGGCGAAAACCACAUCUGCGAGGCCCUUUUCAAUGUGUUUUCCCAAGGUAAUACAAAACGUUGCCUUUGCGAGGCCCCCCUAAGGGCGAGGCCGUGGGCGAAGGCCCCAUUCGCCCACGCCUAGCUACGCCACUAAGUUUGUACGGAUUUUCAGUAAAGUAUGAUGAUGGUAGGAAGUAUUCUUGUGUUGCUUGUUAUGAGGGGUUGAACAAUAAACAUACAUUUCCGUAUCCAAGUUAAAUUAAAUACUAUUAGGGCAAAACUGCAGCCCCCGCGUUGGUAAUUAUUAGGAACGUUGCGGUGCCAAAACGUAGUUACUAUAGUUAAUGAGAUUGCCAAAUUAUUUCUGCACCGUGCAAUUUAUGAAAUGUUCUGUAACGGUGUUAUAGAUUGUAUAUUUGCAAAAAUAAUGAAUAUCUAGCUGUAAUUUUAAUAAUUUAGAAUAAUGUCAACAAAAGACUACAUGACACGGUCAUUCAACUAAUGAGAUAAGUGCAUAUAUUAGAUACAAAACUCCAUACAUCGAGCCAAUCUUUAUAGAUAUAAUAUGUUGUAUUUAUGCUAUUUAUUAUUUUAUUCGCUGAAUAACUGAGUGACGUGAUUAUGUUUGUUAAUACUUUGCAAUAUACUUAAAUGAACAGGCUAACAG